AUGAUCAAAUUUCGCGUGGGACCGAGUGUGGAAAGCUUACAAGCCGUUAAGCCAUUGAAAAUCGAAGAGCGAAAAGAAAUUGUUGAUCUGAGAGUUCUGUGCAUUGCAAAUACGCGCAAAUAUGCAGCUUGUUUCAUGGGAGUUCGACCUUUUGAAGGAUUUGGAUUGCCAGGUGAUGGCUUGAUAGUUAAAUCCAAGCGCGAUUCGACGACCUAUCAUGACGCCAAUACCGGUUCAAACGGAAUUGAUAUCAUGUUGGUGGUUUUGCGCCAACAUCUAAGUUUUCACCCAGAAUUGUGUGUUCCCCAGGAUCAGAUUACCGACGAGGAGACCGAGGUAUACAAAGUUGCUUGGAUGAAUCUUGGUGAAAAUAAGAUUCAGGAUUGGGACAUCAAAAGAAAGCUCUUCAAGUCUGUUCACGGAAUUCAUGAGCUUCACUUUGAUGAUAUCAUGGAAAAGAAGUUCUCAUUUGAAGAUGCUCUCGCGCAUCCGAAGCGCUCACUUCGACAUCGCAAGCCACAUAAUGCUACGAAAUACCCCGAUGAACCUGAUCCAGCUUGGGCAAGAGCCAUCGCAGAACCGGAUUCUCUUCAUUUGUUUAAUGAAUUGAGAUGGGAUGGCGUUAAGGAAUUGGAUGCAUUCAUUGAUAGGCAUUUUAAAACUGUCAGAUAUGGGAACGAACGACGGAUAUUUUUCGCAGCCAAGCCAUGGUUUUUCAAGGUUCUAUAUGAACCCCAGAUGAUUAUGAGGUCCAUAUCCGAGCUUCGAAAUUUUGAGAUGGGUGGAAUUGUAACAAGGGAGCUGAAAGUCACUGGCGGUCUAAUCAUUCAUAACAAGGAAAAGCACGUUUACGCUUUAUGUGCCGUUGUCAGACUGGGAAAUGGGAAUGAUAUCCAAGAUGACGUUCGCACAUACCACCCUAGCGGCAGAGAGGUUACCCCUCUAGGAACACCCAAGGAAUUCGUCGCCAAAGCCGAAUAUAAAAAAUUGGGAAAGAGAUGGUCCAUUAAAGAUGGUGGUCGAUACAUGCUUUUUUAUGUUCGAAUUACGCCCCAGCCAGCACCUCUCCCCGAGGAUUAUUUUGAUGAGGAUGCUCCCGAGUUUGAACCAAGAUACUCAUGGGAUACAUCUGAUGUCAAUGUGACCGAUGUCAAUCAACAGAAUCGAGGUGCACUUGAGAACACUUCAUCAAGUACGUCACAGUCUAGUUCCAACAAGGGACAGCUUGGAUUUCAUUCGGAACCACGAAAGUUUGCGCCUUCAACAAAUUCUCGAGUACCUAUGUUUGGUCCCAAUUCCCCAAUGCCGAUGUUUGGGCCUCGAUCGAGUUCCGAACUACCUCAGCUUGGGUCAACUUUUCAAGCACCUAAGUUUGGAUCUAGUACUCAGGCAUCUGGAUCUGGGUCUUGCAGUCAAGAAUCUGCUAUCAAUGCAAGAAACCCACCCAAGAUGACUCCAACACCUUCUUCAGCUCGUACUCAUAGCAGCAGAAAUUCGAGAAAGAGAGGUCAAGAUGGACUGAUGCAUGAUGAUGCCGAUCAUAGCGAAAACAAUGAUUCUCACCAAUCAUCAAAAUCAGGUGGUAGAUCAUCAUCCAGACCGAGGAAUGGAGAAUAUUGUAAUUUCUGUCGAAAGUCUGGUCAUGACGAGAGAGAUUGUUACAAGAAGAACCCGGCGCUAUCGGCAGCUCGUGGUGCUUCAAAUGGACGAGGAAAUCAUUCACAGCGUCGUGGUAGGGGAUCUUUGGGGGGAAGAUUUGGGCCUCUCAAUGAAGGGGUUGGAUCUUCCACAGAUCAAAAUCGUGGAGAUCGAGAACCAGAUUCGGGAGGGUAUGGAUCCAAUCGGAAUUUUAAUAUAGGACGGGACGGAUGGGUUUGGAAAUUCGGUUGA